AUGUGGGGGGGAAAAAAACAUCAAAAAAACUCAAACAGGAAAUGUGUAAUGCAAUGUAUGGCAGCUGUCUUGUGUGUUGAUGUUUUGUAAAUUGUCGUCAGCACUUUUCAUAGUGACCACGAUGACAAACAAACAUACACACAUACAUGCUGAUUUAAACGAACGAAUAGGAGAGGCACGGUUUUAUAACUGUAGCUGUUUUAUGACAGACAACAUUUUUCUCGAGGACUACAAGCUUCACGUUCAUUUUAUGACAGAGAAUCAGUUCAGACGAGAAUAUGAAUCACUCCUGAAGAGCCUUGGCUGCGUUACGGAGCAACAAUUUGAGAAUGUCCUUAACAAGAUUUCCAAGGAAGUGGACAGGCGAGUAUGUCUUGCUGAGACAUCCCUCAACAGAGCUGCUGUCAUAAAAAGCACCUACCGGCCUCUGCAUCCUCAUGUCUACCAUUUGCAGGAGACAUUCCUUGCGCCAGAGUUCAAGCACAUUGUGAAGUAUUGUCAAAGUCAAAAUGUCACACUCAAAAGUCUUUCUGACUUGUUGGCAAAAGAAACAGCUCCCAGGGUUUAUCGCUUCCCGGUGUUCAACAAGAGCUUCUGCGCGGACCUGCUGAACGAGCUGGAGCACUUUGAGCGUUCUGCAGCACCCAAGGGUCGACCCAACACCAUGAACAACUAUGGGAUCCUCCUAAGUGAACUUGGCUUUGACGAAGGCUUUGUCACGCCUCUUCGUGAGCAGUACCUCCACCCGCUGGUGUCUGUGCUCUAUCCAGAUUGUGGAGGCCAGUGCCUGGACAGUCACAGAGCCUUUGUUGUCAAAUAUGACAUAAAAGAAGACGUGGACCUCAGCUACCACUACGAUAACGCGGAGGUCACACUCAAUGUCUCAUUGGGCAGGGACUUCACAGAGGGAAAUCUUUACUUUGGUGAUAUGAGACAGGUGCCUUUAAAUGAGACCGAGUGUUCAGAGAUUAAACAUAGAGCCGGUGGGGGCAUUCUUCACCGGGGCCAGCACAUGCAUGGGGCCCUGCCCAUCUCUUCUGGUCAGCGUUGGAACCUCAUCAUCUGGAUGAGAUCCUCGCAGGAGCGCAAUAAACUUUGCCCAAUGUGCAAUAGGAAGCCAGUUCUGGUGGAAGGAGAGGGCUUUGCUGACGGAUUCACCAGACGCUCCACUCGGCUGCUUGCUGACUUCUGUGAACUCACCUGACAUAUUUGACUGGGAGUGUGCCUUCUCCAUUUUUGACAUGAGACAAUUUUUUUUCAGAGGUACCACAACCAUCUACCUGGGUUGAUUCAAGUGGCUACUUACUGGUUAGGGAAGUUGAUGUACUAUUUGAAGCUAGCGUCCGUAAAUAACAGCUGAAUAUGGGUGUUGUGUCAAGUAAACGUCAGUGCUCUGGUGCCUGGUUCAUCCUCCAGACCCAAUAAAUGCUGUGAAGUAGUGCACGUUGAAGUCAUUUUGUGUCAGAUGAUGCGACACUGGCCCAGGUCAUAAAUGCCCUGUGAAUUGUCAGACUGGUGCCGGUAAUCAUUCAUUCAUUCAUUUUCCAAACCGCUUAAUCCUCACUCGGGUCGCAGGGGGUGCUGGAGCCUAUCCCAGCCGUCUUCGGGCAGUAGGCGGGGGACACCGUGAACCGGUUGCCAGCCAAUCGCAGGGCACACAGAGACCUAACAACCAUGCGCACUCACACUCACACCUAGGGACAAUUUAGCGUGUUCAAUCAGCCUGCCAUGCAUGUUUUUGGAACGUGGGAGGAAACCGGAGUACCCGGAGAAAACCCACACAGGCCCGGGGAGAACAUGCAAACUCCACACAGGGAGGCCGCAGCUGGAAUUGAAUCCGAUACCUCUGCACUGUGAAGUCGACGUGCUGACCACUGGACUACCUGGCCGCCCGGUACCAGUAAUCAUUUGUAAAAUGUAAACUGCAGUUAAUUGUGUGGUUUAUUAUUGAAUUAUGUUUCUUAGUUUAAUUCAAAAUGCUUUUUGUCCACUCAUUUGUUAAGAUAGGACAUCUUCCUGACACUUAUUUCACAUUAAGAAUGAAAUCAGAACACAUUGUCGUGCAACAAUCAGAAACCAAAAUGUGUGUAGCUCUCAUCGAUUUUUUUCUGACAGAAACUUCAGCGAUCUAAAAUAAUUACAGUCAUUGCUGAUCAGGUGGCCGGACUUGCGUAUGCUGAAAGUCCAUUGUGCUUGACAUAAUUUUUCUUGGCAGUUAAGUAGAACUUAAAGUUUCUAUCGAAAGAUGCCAGAAACAGCGCACGUCACAAUACAGUAUUUUUAAUGUCAUAAAUAUUUCAGUUAAGCAACAUUUUCACACGUUUUCCAAAUUGGCCUGCUCAUGGUGAAGUUAUUCAUCAUUUCUCAUCCAGCACAGUAUUUGAAAAAACAAAGACUUGAACUGUCCACCCUGCUUAAUAAACCCAUAAGAACAUCAA